UCAGAAAAACAGACGAUCGAUCAAUACAAUCCACGAAACAAUGCUGUUGGGACGACUGGUGAACGCUGCUCGCGGGAGUCUCCCUGGGGCCCAGGCGUCGCUACCCUGGGGUGCUGCCAUGGCCUCGAGGACAAUAUCCAAGGAUGUAACACAAGCCGGCCUGCAACAGAGGGAGGUGGCGGCGGCGGCGGCUGGAGGGUGGCGGCGGUGGGGACGGCGUGAGUGGGCGGCGGGGGGCGGCGGGGCCCUCGUGAGCUGCGGCACCGUUACGAGAUGUCAAACCAGUGCCCGCCUCGCGACUCAAGCCAGCCAGAGCCAGGAGGCAUGCAGGGAGCGAGGGCCGCGGGACGUGAGCCAGGUGGAGCGGGGCGACAGGACCGUGAACGUCACCUUCGCCGACACCACCACCUCCGACUACCCGUACGUGUGGCUGCGGGAGAACUGCCAGUGUCCGAAGUGCUUCCAGAGUGAUGCCAUCGCCAGGCUCUUCCUCAUUGACGACCUUGACAUCAACAUCCGGCCGAAGGAGGUGCAGGUGGAGGACGCGAGCCGCCUGCGCGUGGAGUGGCCCGACGGACAUGUGAGCGUGUUCGCGGGGGAGUGGCUGCACCGGCGAGCCUUCACACCCGAGGCCAGGGAUGUGCAGCGCUCCUGGUAUAUGCUCCCCAAGGUGUUGUGGGGCACCGGGUUCAAGGUGCCGAGGAGCAGGUACAGCGCCGUCAUGCACGAGGACAGGGCGUUGCUGGACUGGCUGCUGCUGCUGGAGAAGUUUGGCGUCACGGUGGUGGAGGCGGCGCCCACGCGAGUCGGCGCCAUCAAUGAUUUCAUCGAGCGGCUGGGCGUCCUCAAGCCCACGCACUACGGGAAGGACUAUGAGAUCAAGACCGAACUGAAGCCCAACAACCUGGCCUACACCGGCGCCAAGCUGGGCCUGCACACCGACCUGCCCUACUGCGAGUACCCGCCCGGGACCACGUGGCUGCACUGCAUCAGACAGUACGAGGGCAAGGGCGGCGAGAACGACCUGAGUGACGGCUUCCUAGCGGUGCAGGUGCUCAAGGAGAGGCACCCGCACCACUUCGAGACGCUGGUCACCACCCCCAUCUACUUCCAGGACCAAGGCUACGCGCUCUACGACUUCGAUAAGGUCACCCAGGCGUUCACCGUCAGCCUCGACCACUUGGGGAACGCCUGCCGCAUCCACGUGUCAUCCCAGGCCAGAGACUCGAUCAUGGACCUGGACGCCGCGGAGGUUAUCCGGUUCUACGAGGCGCUCAAGAUCUUUAACGAUAUACUGCGGGAGUUCAGCAUCCUUGUGAAGACUAAACCAGGUGACAUCCUGGUGAUCGACAACACUCGGGUGCUCCACGGCCGCACGCCCUUCGACCCCUCCACCUCGCAGGGCACCAGGCACAUCCACAACGCCUACAUCGACCUCGACGACCUCCGCUCCAAACGCCGCAUCCUGCAGGAAAAACUGGGCGACAUGGUUGCUAAGGUCUAACUAAACCCAUUUCCUUACAGUAAGGGAAACAGCUCAAGGGCAAUAAACAAAGAGAAAAAAAACAGCUAAGAGAGGUCAAUUUCGGAUGGGGAGAAGAGAGCUGAGCAAAGACGUGGAAAGCUUCUGUAUAAUAAUGUUUAAUCCCACUUGAUAGCGUUUCACUUCUCUAGUUCUGAGCUGUCUCUUUUUCGUCGUGCUAUCAAAAGUUUAGAGUUAAUUAGGACAACAUGUACAAACUAUAAUCCAAAACAAUGUGCAAGUGCAAGCCCUUUACUAGAAGUUGAGUUGUGUGGGAAAUAAUGUUACCCAGGUUCGACUCCUAUCGUUUUGUGUUGUCUUUCUUCCCUCUUCAUCAAGUUUUAGCGUUAAUUACUCUGGCUGUGUGGGAAAUAAUGUUACCUAGAUAGUGCAAAGACAUGCCAGAAAGUUCAAGUAAAUCAUGUUCAAACCUGUGCAUCUUAGUGUUUUGUGUUACGUCUCUUUCAUGUCUUUUGUAUUCCUAUAGAGCUCUCAAUUUCAUAACAUUUUAAUAAGCAGUAAAUGAUGAUGGUGUAUUUGGAGUACUUGUUCAUCAGGUAUGUAUAUAAAUUAUGGAAACAUGAUUAUCUUCGAAAUAGAUUAGCCAGAGUAAGCAAGGUGACGGUGCAUGGACGUGCCAGUAUGUUCCAAUUGCUCGUCCAUAAGCAUAUUCUGACUUCUGUCAUUGUCUUGAGAUCUUCUUUAUUUAAGCUUUAAGGUGAAUAAAAGCUGCAAGCGAAUUAAAUGUUUCAAGUGCUCUAAAUUUUGCUCCAUGAGUGGACAAAUAGUGAUUAAUAAACAUAUCGAACAUGA